AUGGGUGGUACAAGAGAUAAAAAAGUUCAAUAUUUCUCAAAAUUAAGAGAAUUAUUAGAAGAAUAUAAAUCAAUCUUCGUUGUUGGUGUUGAUAAUGUUUCAUCACAACAAAUGCAUGAAAUCAGAAAAGCUUUAAGAAACGAUGCUGUUGUUUUAAUGGGUAAAAACACCAUGGUUAGAAGAGCUAUCAGAGGUUUCUUAUCUGAAUUACCAGAUUUUGAAAAAUUAUUACCAUUUGUUAAAGGUAAUGUUGGUUUCAUUUUCACCAAUGCUGAUUUAAAAACCAUUAGAGAUACUGUUACUGCUAAUGUUGUUGCCGCUCCAGCUAGAGCAGGUGCUGUUGCUCCAGCUGAUGUUUGGAUUCCAGCUGGUAACACUGGUAUGGAACCGGGUAAAACUUCAUUUUUCCAAGCUUUAGGUGUUCCAACUAAAAUUGCUAGAGGUACCAUUGAAAUUGUUUCAGAUGUUAAAGUUGUUGCAAAAGAUGGUAAAGUUGGUCCAUCAGAAGCUACAUUAUUAAACAUGUUAAACAUUUCACCAUUUACUUACGGUAUGACUGUUGUUCAAGUUUAUGAUAAUGGUCAAGUUUUCCCAUCAUCAGUCUUAGAUAUUACUGAUGAAGAAUUAAUUUCUCAUUUUGUUUCAGCUAUCAACACUAUUACUUCAGUUUCAUUAGCCGUUGGUUACCCAACCUUACCAUCAGUUGGUCACUCAGUUAUCAACAACUAUAAAAACGUUUUAGCUUUAUCUAUUGCUACUGAUUACACUUUUGAAGGUUCAGAAGCUAUUAAAGAUAGAUUAGCUAACCCAGAAGCUUAUGCUGCUGCUGCUCCAGCUGCUGUUGCUGCUACUGGAUCAACUGAAGCUGCUGCUGAAGAAGCUGCUCCAGCUGAAGAAGAAGAAUCUGAUGAUGAUAUGGGUUUCGGUUUAUUCGAUUAA